AUGGGAUGUGCUGCGAGUAUCAAACGAUCAAUCAGCUUCCAAAAUGUUGAAGAGGAUGGACGCCAGAGAUCCAAAGAGACCAUUGCCACAACCAACACUAAGGGAUCGUCUUUGUUCCGGAGGAUUUCCCUUGGUUCAAUUUCAUCAAUGCUUUCUUUCCGGCGGAAGUCACAAGAGGAUGCAGUGGAAGAGGAAACACUCAUUGCAGAAAGGGAUCCAGAUGCGCCUCUCACGUUGGAAGGUCGUUUGGAGGACAUCAACCUCACUGGCAUAUUGAAUGAUGCAGACGUGGCCCAGCUGUAUUUCUUCUCAGAUUACAUGCUCUCAAAGAGAACAAUGGUGGUGAUUCGGCUGGUCACGGACAAACGCACUGAUAAACUGAUGGCAUGCAAGCAGCAUAACCUGCGGAGGAUGGACCGCAGCUCCAAGCAUGAUCGUUCUCCAGACAUCAUAAAACAACAGGCAAUCAUGCUUGAUGCAUGCUGCUCCCAUCCAAACAUCAUCAAGUUGCAGGAAGCUUUCAUACAUAAUGGUUAUUUCUAUGAGAUUCUGGAGUAUGCCACUGGAGGGAGGCUUUACGAUGCAAUUCUGGAUGCGGAGCACCACACCGAACAAGAAACUGCAAAUAUGGUGUUGCAGCUCCUCAGCGCUGUUCAACACAUGCAUGACAGGCACUUGUGCCACCGAGACAUCAAACCAGAGCACAUUCUCAUCAAGGAGCGGGCACCAGCACACUCAGCAGAUAUUCUGUUGUGUGACUUUGCAACGACAUGCCUUUUCACUCCGGGAGAGUCAAUGACGGAAAAGGUUACAACUCCAUAUUAUGCUUCGCCACAAGUGCACGAGGGCCUGCAGCUUUGCAGCGUUCUGCAUCACCGCAAAUUCGGGGCUGGAUGUCUUUGGUGCCACAGAAUGAGAAGGGUGCGUAUGUCUUUGUGGCUUAAGGAAGGCAGAUCAUGUCACAAACCACCCGACAAUUCUAACAUGAGCUUUGUGGUCGAUAUGCAGCAUGAAUACGUAAGGUGA